AUGAGUGAGGCUACUCGAGUUGCUGUUAUUGGAGCUGGUAUCAGUGGGGUGGUCACUGCUGGCCAUCUUCUGGCUACUGGAAUUCAGGUGAUCGUUUUUGAGAGAAACAAUGCAGCUGGUGGAGUUUGGCUUUAUGACAAGCGUACUCCGAUUGAAGCCCAGUACCCAUCACCGAGACCGUCUGCUUCACAGGAAUAUGUGAAGGAUGAAAGGGGAGAAAACGAAAGAAAGAUCUUACUUCAUGCACCUCCGGGGCCUUGUUAUGAAAGUCUCACAAAUAAUGUCUCGACUCCCUUACUACGGACGAAACUCAAUGCAUGGCCAGAAGGGACUGGUCAUUUUGUGAAGCAUCAUGUGCUCAAGGAAUAUAUCCAAGAUACGUCAACCAAGGCCGGUGUCGAUAAUAUAACCAAGUAUGGCGCCCGAGUCACCCGAGUUCAUAAGGACGGGCCAACAUGGACAGUUCACUGGAGCACUUUGAGCGAAGGUCAAGAUCCCGUUGAGAAUGAGGAGUCUGCAACAUUUGACUCGGUCAUUGUUGCCUCAGGUCAUUAUCAUACACCUCUCGUCCCAAAUAUACGGGGUCUACCCGAUGCAAAAGCUCGAUGGCCAGAGAGGAUCUUUCAUUCAAAGUCUUUCCGAAGAUCGAAAGGAUUUGAAGGCAAGAAUGUACUACUACUUGGUGGAGGAGUCUCUUCUCUCGAUAUAGCCAAAGAAAUCAGCGGAACUGCAAACCACGUGUAUCAAAGCACUCGAAAUGGUGCCUUUGAUCUCCCCGAGAGUGCACUUCCAGAAAACGCCUCAAGAAUUGCCGAGGUUGAAGCAUUCGAAUCUUCUACAACAUCGUCAGACGCCGAGCAUUUGCCCUUAACCAUUCAUCUCAAAUCCGGAGAGACCUUGCACGAUAUCGAUACAAUUAUCCUUUGUACAGGAUACCAAAUGGCACUUCCAUUCCUCGACGAUUAUAACAACUACGGCGUAUCUGCCACCGAGGCAAGUGAUAAAGUGCUUGUCACAGAUGGCACUCAAGUCCACAACUUGCAUCAGGACAUUUUCUACAUCCCAGAUCCCACACUCGCGUUUGUCGGAAUUCCUUUUUAUACCGCAACUUUCUCUCUAUUCGAGUUCCAAGCUAUCGCUGUGGCAGCCUUCCUGUCUGGGGUUGCGCAGCUUCCAUCUACUACGAGUCUCCGGACGGAAUAUGAGAACCGCGUUAAAAAGAAGGGACUCGGACGGAAUUUCCAUUCACUCAAGGAUCAAGAGAAAGAAUAUGUCGAUGAAUUGAUUGGAUGGGUCAAUACUGGAAGAGUUGAGCGUGGAUUGUCUUUGAUUGAGGGUCAUACUGAGACUUGGAUUAAAGAGAGAGAGGCUUUGAGCGAGAGACUUAAGUUGCUUCUGGCAGGGCAGCUUACCCGAGAAGAUGCGCUCAAACCUCCAUUGGAGGUAGGAGUGACUGCGUGA